UCUUAAUGCCGCCGACGUGUCCAAUUCCAGCUUUGUAGUUCUUUUACACGCAAUGUUUCGACCAGAUCAUCGUGACUGUCUCGCAAGAGACAUUUGGGGACAAUUCUCGUUAAAGUUUUACCUGGGAAGCCUUGGUGUAUUAGUUCAUCACACCGAAGGAACGUGACUAGGGAUCAGCUACGUCACGGCAGGGUUGACCAAUCAGAGCGUGUUACUUCACGUGCGCAAUCAUAAGGGUGGAGCAAAGCCGACCGAUUCAAUUGCAUGGCCGACCGUCGCUGUGGGAAAAUAAUAUUCACAAAUGGACGUAACGUUGAGGGAAAACAAUUAAGACACGUUUAGAACACCUAAUAUGAAUUCUGACUUUAUGUGGGAUGUAAUUUUCUUCCGUGACAACUACCUGUAACGCUGUAACCAAUAUUGAUAUUUACAUAAUCGCGCUGAUUCUGGCUCACGCGCCCGGACUUCGUUUUGACUUCAACUGGAAUACCGCGCGCAUUGAGAUAAUCAAAAUAGACGGAUAAAGCACAACUUGGUCUGCAUUAAAUACGAAAGGCGGUAUUUAAAAUAUGUUAAGCGUUGUUGAUUAUUUUGGGUAAUCCAGAAAAACAAGUUAUAUAACAGGGAAGUGCGCUGCGAGUCGCCGUCCUGGUCCUAAAACCAGUCGGGUAUUCGGCUCUCGCGCGAGCAACUCAGUGCGUGUACAAAUGGUUCAAAAGUGGCUGUGUACCAAAUCAUUAGACACGAUGAUGGGAAAUGUUUUGCUAGAGCAAGGCUAAUAUUUUUUCCUGAGGUAGCCAGUUUAAUUUGAACGUACAUUUUUAUUGUUUUAAAAUUAUUAGAUUUUUUUUUUUUUUCGCCUGUUAAGGAAAUUUCUUCUUUGGAGUGUGCAUUAAAACGCCGCGAAGCAAGUCUAUAUCGUAACAACACUUGAGUGGAGUAAUGGUGGUAAAUACGGUCCACUGGUUCAGGAAGGGCUUGCGGCUCCACGACAAUCCUUCGCUCAGAGACGCCAUCCAGGGUGCGCACAGUGUCCGCUGUGUGUACAUCCUCGACCCCUGGUUCGCCGGAUCCUCCAAUGUUGGGAUCAGCAGGUGGAGGUUUUUACUGCAGUGUUUGGAAGACUUGGACGCCAGUCUCCGCAAACUCAACUCACGACUCUUCGUUAUCCGUGGCCAGCCAACUGAUGUCUUCCCCCGGCUUUUUAAGGAGUGGAACAUUACUCGUCUGUCCUACGAGUAUGACUCGGAGCCUUUCGGGAAGGAGCGAGAUGCAGCUAUCAAGAAGCUGGCCAAUGAGGCAGGCGUGGAGGUGAUAGUUCGCAUCUCUCACACGCUCUACGAUCUGGACAAGAUCAUAGAGCUGAAUGGAGGCCAGUCUCCGCUCACGUACAAGCGCUUCCAAACCCUCAUCAGCAGGAUGGAGGCGGUGGAAACCCCGGCAGAGACUAUCACAGCAGAGGUCAUGGGGUCCUGCACCACACCGGUCUCCGAUGACCACGAUGAAAAGUUUGGGGUUCCCUCUUUGGAAGAGCUUGGCUUUGACACAGAGGGUCUGUCCUCAGCUGUGUGGCCUGGAGGCGAAACAGAGGCCCUCACUCGCCUAGAAAGGCAUCUGGAGAGGAAGGCUUGGGUGGCCAAUUUUGAACGUCCAAGAAUGAAUGCCAAUUCCCUGUUGGCCAGUCCAACUGGCCUCAGUCCAUAUUUAAGAUUCGGCUGCCUCUCCUGUCGGCUCUUCUACUUCAAACUCACAGACCUGUACAGGAAGGUCAAAAAGAACAGCUCACCUCCUCUGUCUCUCUACGGCCAGUUACUGUGGCGUGAAUUCUUCUACACAACUGCCACCAACAACCCAUGCUUCGACAAAAUGGAAGGCAACCCCAUUUGUGUGCAGAUCCCGUGGGACAAAAACCCAGAAGCUUUGGCCAAGUGGGCAGAGGGCAGGACGGGUUUCCCCUGGAUCGAUGCCAUCAUGACCCAACUGAGGCAAGAGGGCUGGAUCCACCACCUGGCCCGACACGCAGUCGCAUGUUUCCUUACCCGCGGAGAUCUGUGGAUCAGCUGGGAGGAGGGCAUGAAGGUUUUUGAGGAGCUGUUGCUGGAUGCAGAUUGGAGUGUGAAUGCAGGAAGCUGGAUGUGGCUCUCCUGUAGCUCCUUUUUCCAGCAGUUCUUCCACUGCUACUGUCCCGUUGGCUUCGGACGCCGCACUGACCCCAACGGAGACUACAUACGGCGAUAUUUGCCAGUGUUAAGGGGGUUCCCAGCCAAGUAUAUCUAUGACCCCUGGAAUGCUCCAGAGAGUGUCCAGAAAGCAGCCAAAUGUAUAAUUGGUGUACACUAUCCUAAGCCCAUGGUGCAUCAUGCUGAGACAAGCCGUCUCAACAUAGAGCGCAUGAAACAGAUCUACCAGCAACUGUCCUGCUACCGUGGCCUGGGACUGCUGGCAAUGGUGCCAUCCAAUCCCAAUGGAAAUGGUGAGAAUUCUACAAACUUGAUGGGAUUCCAAACUGGAGAUGUGACCAAGGAAGCCACUGCAGCUUCAGGAUAUCAGAUGCAACCCACCUCUCAAGGUGAAUGGCAUGGCAGGACAAUGGUUUACCCUCAAGGAGACAACCAGCCAAACAGCAGCACACAACUACAAGGUUUUCCAGGUAACGGUGUUAACUUGAUGUGCUACAGGCAAGACUCGCAGCAGAUACCUGGUUCUGCUUUACAGCCAGGGCGAGGGCUACACAGCAGUACCGUCCUUAUGUCUGGAAAACGGCACAGUGAGGAGUCCGGUCCUGCCACAUGUUCAAAAGUUCAAAGGCAGAGCAGCUCUUAAACUCCAGAAAUGGGAAGAAGGCCAUGCAAUUUGGCCACCCUGAUUUUGCAGAGGCCUCAAUAUUUUCUCACCUUCUCAAGUUUUGUAGUUUUAUGGAAGCAACCAAAAUACCAGUUCAAGGGAGCGAUUGAAGGGAGUGCAUGAUUCUCUCUCUAUAAGCACAUCCACACAGUGCACUGCUAAACAAUCAAAAUGUACAAUAUCACAGGGACUUCACCCAAGCGGUCACCAGCAUCGUGACAACUUUGGAAUAAUGUUGCGGCUGUGCAAUGUACGCUGCUGCAAUUUUCUGUCGACGUUGCGUUCAUGUUUGUACUGUUUGGGACUAAAUAUUUGUGUAUAUAAGGAUUUGACAAAUACUCUCAUACAACAUGUACAUAUUUAAUAUUGUAUGUGCUUUCUCUUUCAUGUAGUCAUAGACCCAUUGAUAUAUUUUUGAUAUAAAGAACUAUUGUGGAUCAGUUUUACUCUUUUUGAAAACAUAAAGUUGACUGUUUUAAAAGCAUUUGUAGACUGUCCAUGCAGUACAUUGCUAAGGCUAUCCUCAUGCUGUUUGCCUGCACUUUUUUUUUUUUAUCUAUCCUUUGCCUAAUCUUUCUCUCUCAGCUGUUUGAGAUGUCUCUUCUUAUUUUCUCUUUCCAGGCUGUCAUUUGUCUCUUACUCCUUAUCUGUUCCCCAAAUAAAGGUCCCCAUUGGUGGUCUUCUCUCUGUCCCCUUUCUUCCCCUUUUAUCUGGGUGUCCCCUUGUCCUCAGACCAUUAGUGUAAGCUAUAUCAAACAAAAAUACACCACAUUGUGCUUGUGUAAUAAAGUGUAAAUGUACA